AAUACCGAACUUACACAAAAAAAUUACUAUCGUUUUAUUGCAAUAACCUCAAACUCAAACGCUGUUCGGAUCGCAUCAAUGGCAGAAAUGGAACCCAAAACAAAAUAUUCGCUUUAAAGCCCUCAUUAAUUUUGCAGCUCUCACAAAGUAAAUCAAUCAAUCACACGCAGAGGGGCAGUUUUAGGUAGUUUAAUUUCGGCGUUAUCACAAUUUUCCCCUCUUCGCAUUUCACGCCAAAUUCCUCAGCAAUGUUCCAAAACAAUAAUCACCACGGCGUAUCGAUCUUAGUUUCCGACGACGAAUCCGACGAACUAGGUCGGAUGCGUGUUCGCGCUCGACGGAAACGGAAGAAACUUGGCCACAAACGAUUGCUGAGAAAACUUCUGCUUAAAUACUGGAUGCUACUUAUCAUUAUUCCAGCUGCGUGUUUGCUCUUUUACGAAGCCACACGAAUUGGUCUAGUUCCACAAUCACGCACUCAUGUCGAUGGAUCUACUCCCACAUUGGUUAAACAAUCCCACCCUAACUUGGAUCGUCUUGAUCCUACUACUCAUGUUGUUGCUGGUGUCAGAGAACGUUGCUUGAAGCUUCUACCACCUGAAAAACUUGAGCAAUUAGAGAUUCCUGUGGAAGGAGAAACUAGUUUACCUAUUGGUAAAGUCUUGUAUAUGUCAGAGAGAGAUGCGCCUUUUAUAGGAGGGAAUACGACGUUGUCUCAAUUGCGUGCGGAGGAUACAAGAUUUAAUUUAUUUACUGGAAAUCAAACAUUUGAGGAAAGAGAUAGAAGUUUCGAGGUGAAAGAAACUAUGAUGGUACAUUGUGGGUUCUACAGUGUGAAUGGAGGGUUUAGAAUAUCUGAUGAAGAUAAAAGUUUCAUGGAAGGUUGCAAAGUGGCGGUAUCUACUUGUGCAUUUGGUGGCGGCGAUGAUCUCUAUCAACCGAUUGGAAUGUCAAAGGCUUCGCUUAAGAAGGUUUGCUAUGUAGCAUUCUGGGAUGAAAUCACCCUAAAAGCGCAGGAAUUAGUGGGUCGCAGAGUAGGAGACAAUGGAUUUGUUGGAAAAUGGCGUGUAAUUGUCGUUCAAGAUCUUCCUUUUUCCGAUCAAAGGUUGAAUGGUAAAAUUCCCAAGAUGUUAAGCCAUCGCCUUUUUCCUCAUGCAAAAUACUCUAUUUGGGUAGACUCCAAGUCCCAAUUUAGGAGGGACCCACUAGGUGUGUUGGAAGCACUCCUUUGGCGCACUAGUUCUUUACUUGCCAUCUCAGAACAUGGAGCUCGCGGUAGUGUCUAUGAUGAAGCAAAGGCUGUUGUCAAGAAAAACAAAGCCAAGCCGGAGGAAGUUGAAGUGCAACUGAAUCAAUACAGAAAAGAUGGCUUGCCUGAAGACAAGAGAUUUAAUGGAAAGAAAGCUCUAUGUGAAGCCUCUGUUAUAGUGAGGAAGCAUACGCCACUAACAAAUCUAUUGAUGUGUGUCUGGUUUAAUGAGGUGGUUCGCUUCACUUCUAGGGAUCAGCUCAGUUUCCCAUAUGUUCUGUGGCAGUUGAAAGCAUUCAAAAACAUCAAUAUGUUCCCUGUAUGCACCCGCAAGGAUCUGGUCAAUAGCAUGGGCCACAUUCGAAAGGCAAAACCAUUGCAAAACUGAUUUAGUUAAAUUGGUCGAACGUUAAAGUGAUGCCUACCUGCAGUUAUCUCACUCAUUCCUUAUUUCAUUUUUUUUCAUUAGCCAAUCAAAUCAGGUAUAUGUGUUGUUUGUUUUUCUAGCCCCUCUCUUUCUCCUCUCUUAAUCGGUAUAGGUUAUAGUUUUGUAUUUAUUGUUUACUAUGAGCUCUUUGAUUAAGUUAUUCCAGAAAAGUUGUAGUUGGCAGAAAGGCAAAUGAUACAAACAAGAGAUUUUGCUUUUGACUUGUUUCCCGACUCAAAUUUCUAUGACAUCAAUAUUUUUAAGGGAAACUAAUUAAAUUAGCAAUAUGUUCCCUGUUGGACAUAGCAGUUAUUCCAGCGGCAUUUUUGAAGUCGGACCUGAUGGCAAGGAUCUUUAUCAAAGUUAGACACACAAUGAAGCAGUUGUCCCCAGCAAAACUACAAAUCACUGAUGCAAUAGAUGCCUUAUCACUGUAAAAGAAGCCUUUUAUAUUCCCGAGAUAGAAAAAUUGCUUAAUGAAGGGGUAACCCUUUUAAAGAUGGUUAUUUUUAUGAGGAGAUGACUUAGGAUUAAGUUGUAUCUGGAUUUUUAUUUUGAUGGUCAGUUGGUUUAGUUUUCAAUGUUUUAUAGACUAUACAUGCAAUAAGCUUGACUAGUCCUGAAAAAAAACAGUUGCAUAGAGAAAGGAACCUUUUCAAGGUAUAGUAGUUUUUAUUAUUAGAAAUAGUUAUGACCAAUGAGGAUAUUAUGGGUGGACUUCUAGAUUGUAUUUUUUUUCUUAAAAAACCUUUAUAUUUGUUUGAUCCUCGAAUACCAAUA